AUGAGCGUGUCGCGAGCGCACAGUCUCAAGGACAUCGUCAAAGAGGUCAAGCAUCGAAUGUCCGGUUCGCAAACAGAUACUCAGGAAGACGGGCAAAACAAGAUUCAGGGUGGGGACACUUUCGAGGUCCAUGGCGUGCAAGACUCAAACGGCGGCGAGCCAGAAGAAGAUGGCGCUACGCUACAUACCAGCGAUUCGGAGGGACUGUCGGAGCAACUGGAGGUCGUCUUCAACCAGCAAAAUGACAAGCGACGCCGGGCUUCAUUAAGGGAAGAAGACGGGGAACAGGCAGCACGUCCAUCCCGCCCACGAUCUACGCGGAAAAGGACAUCGUGCUUUGUGCACUCCAUGCUGGAAGAGCGGUUCCGAGCAGGCACGCGGAACCAGAAACAAGCGAAUGUGAUUCCCGAGGACAUGUAUAAGAUAGCGGACAAGCAGUCGACACCUACCACGCCUGAUGGACAGCAACAUACCCAGUCUCGCUUGCUCACGAAGGGCGAACUGAGCAAUAUGGCGUUUGGAAUUCGGGAGUUGUCGAAAAAGUUAAGCCGCUUACGACUUUUGCUCGACGUUCGUCAAAUUCACAUUCUCACCAAGGCUCAUGAUCAGAAGCUCAUUGCUCACACCCGGCGUGUAACGGAGUGGCUAUUGAAGCAGCGCAAUCCAGAAGGCAAAACCUACACCGUCUGGGUGGAAAACACCAUGCAGAAGAACCAGGCUUUCGACGCGGAUUCUCUCAUAGCACAGGACGAGUCUUUCAAAAAUCGACUAAAGUUCUGGAGCAAUGAUCUCUGCGCAAAGAAACCGCACACGUUCGACAUAUGUCUCGCCCUAGGCGGAGAUGGCACAGUUCUAUACGCAUCAUGGCUGUUCCAGCGUGUGGUACCCCCUGUCAUGUCCUUUGCGCUUGGAUCUCUUGGAUUCCUAACAAAGUUCGAUUUUGAACACUACCCUACCACCCUCACCCGCGGGUUCACCGAAGGCAUAACUGUCUCUCUUCGAUUACGCUUCGAAGCAACAAUCAUGCGCUCCACCGCCCGUGAUGACCAAGACGAGCAGAACUCUCGAGAUCUGGUCGAUGAACUCAUCGGAACGGCCAGCGACGACAUCAACACCCACCGCCCAGCAGGCACCAACAACAUCCUCAAUGACAUUGUCAUAGAUCGAGGCCCGAACCCAACCAUGAGCAGUAUCGAGGUGUUUGGCGACGACGAGCAUUUCACCACCGUUCAAGCAGAUGGAAUCUGCGUCGCGACGCCCACCGGUUCCACAGCCUACAAUCUCGCUGCAGGAGGCAGCUUGUGUCAUCCCGAUAAUCCCGUCAUACUCGUCACUGCAAUCGCUCCGCACACGCUUAGCUUCAGGCCAAUCAUUCUCCCCGACACGAUAGUAUUGCGGAUCGGAGUACCAUAUGAUGCGCGAGCGAGCUGCUGGGCGAGUUUCGACGGAAAAGAACGAUCGGAAUUGAAACCUGGAGACUAUGUAACCAUAUCUGCCAGCAGAUUUCCCUUUCCGAGUGUGCUACCCCUAGACCGCAGGACGGAGGACUGGGUAGACAGCAUAAGCCGCACGCUGAACUGGAACAACAGACAACGGCAAAAAGCCUAUGAUGACGACAACAGCAAUUCAAAAUGA